AUGGCUAAAAGCUCACUGACAACAACCUUUCAUCUUUUCAGCCGUCUCCCUCCAGAAAUACGAGACCACAUCUGGUUUUUUUGCCUACCACGUCGCGUCGUGCCCCUUGACGACCUCCUUUGGCUCGUCGAUGAGCAUUCUACGUACAGAAGUGAGCAGCAGUGCUGGGUCGACCAUCGCCAGGUGCAUUACCGGGCGCAAGCGCCACCGCUCAUUGCGUCCGUCUGUCGCGAAGCUCGCCGCGUGGUGUUUCGCUGGGGCGGCCUCGAGGACAUGGAGACUAGUAUUUCCCUCAGGCUUGUAUGGAUUCAGCGGAAGCUCGAUACGCUCCUGUUUGGGUGGACGGAGAAUGAUUCGGCCGCGGCAGGUCACGACCAAGACAUGAUGGAGCACUUUCUCUACAAUCAGAGGUUGGAUCAACCGGGCGCACCAGUCUGUUUGAUCGCGGAGCAGUUUUUGACCUUUUACUCGAGUCCGUCGGCACCCGAGAGCGACUACAUGCCAUUUAUCCGAACAGACGAAUCGAACUCGAUUGCGUAUUUGCUUCACAACGGUUGGAAGGAAGAUGAGCCAGACGCAGAAGAGGCAGAUUUGAGCGACCCUAUGGACGUCGAUGUCGUCAUGGAGACGGUCUACAUUCACGCCACAAGAGCAGACAUACUUGCGUCGCAGCUCUUUGGCCGCAUUGCGGAUGAGCCUUCUCAGUUGGUGGACUACGACGACGCGGCCACCCUGGCUAAGUUUCGCGCACUGUUCAACAAGAACCCAAACAACCAAAGACGAGUGGCCCUGACAGAAAAAUUUGAUGCCAUCGAAUCACACGAGUUUCCAGCGCAAGUGGCAACGUGGCUUAUCAAGGUAGCCUGGAAGCUCCUAGCAAUCAAGUGGCUGCACGAGAAGCGGCAUAAUCCCCAGAGCAGCAUUUACAGAGAUCCGAUGCAGGUCUUUGACGGGCCUGUCUCAGUAGGGGAAAGCUUUUGGAUGAAAGUCGAACGAGGAGGAACCUUCAAAGAGCAGCAUCCUUGGGUCGUUGAAGAGACGCAGAGGCUGCCCAGGUUGAGGCCCAAGAUUUGGUUCGUGUAUUGUACAAAAGACUGUAAAGUAAAGGCAAAGCUUAUUGAACCGUAA